AUGGGCGGGGACGACAACGAGUACGACUACUUGUUCAAGGUCGUGCUCAUCGGCGACAGCGGGGUCGGCAAGUCGAACCUCCUGAGCCGGUUCACGCGCAACGAGUUCUCGCUGGACAGCAAGUCGACGAUCGGCGUCGAGUUCGCGACCAAGUCCAUCGUCGCCGAGGGGAAGACGAUCAAGGCGCAGAUCUGGGACACGGCGGGCCAGGAGCGGUACCGCGCGAUCACGUCGGCCUACUACCGCGGCGCCGUCGGCGCGCUCCUCGUCUACGACCUCACCAAGCACGCGACGUUCGAGAACGUCGAGCGCUGGCUCAAGGAGCUCAGGGACCACGCCGAGGCGAACAUCGUCGUCAUGCUCGUCGGCAACAAGAGCGACCUCAAGCCCCAGCGCGCCGUGCCCACGGAGGAGGCCAUGGCCAUGGCCGAGCAGCACAACCUCGCCUUCAUCGAGACGUCGGCGCUCGACGCGUCGGGCGUCGACAUCGCCUUCCAGAACAUCCUCACGGAGAUCUACCGCCUCAUGAACAAGAAGCAGCUCGCUUCCGAGGGCGCG